AUGUCGCUCAACUCGGAUUCAGCCCUGAUUAAUGCUAUCGCUGAAUCCACGUUGGCAUCAACUUCCGACAUCAUAAAAACAGUACCGCGUCUAGUAGAAUCACAACGGGAGAUCUUCUUCGAAAUUGGAUGCUACAUCUACCGCACUUCUUUUGCUGUGAUGGAGUUGCAAACAACUGAGACCCCUCCGGAGAAUGCGAGGGAGAUCCUGGAAUCACUUUCCAGAAGCAUCAAUGAGGCCAAGGAUCUCGUUAGCGGAUGCAGGAGGAGGAGCUUUGUGGAAGAAGAUGGUUUACUUCCUUCCGAUGACUCCGAUAUUAGAAGCACCAUAAGUCAGCUGGAGGAGGUGAUCAAACGUGCUGGCGAGAUCUUGAGAAGCAUCCCUUCAUCAACCUUUAUAGACAACGAAUAUUCAGAAAUGGCUGUCAGGUCCAUUGCUAGUGAGAUGCAGAAUGCUCAGUUCAAAGUUUUGCAGAAAGAAGAGGCAGCAGAAGAGCAAAUGCCGGAAGAAGCACAAAGAGAGCCCAUUGAGUCAUCAGACCUCUAUCCCACUAAUGCUGAUUUUUCAACAAAUGAUUCUCAAGUCUUGGACACGAAAUUGCCGCAGUUGAUUCAGUUCCUAAGGAGACCCACAUCAAGUAUCAGCAGGAACCAAGGGCUCAAAAACCACAGAAGCAUAUCUACUACAUCAUUUCCAGAUAUGGCAAUCGAGCCUCUGUACGAGACAUUCUGCUGUCCACUAACAAAACAGGUGAUGGAAGAUCCAGUUACCAUACAAAGCGGGGUCACCUUUGAAAGGAAGGCCAUAACAAAGUGGUUCCAGGACGAGUUUGAGAGCUCUCCUGAAGCUGUCUGUCCAGUCACUGCAUUGAAACUGACCAAUACAAGUUUGAGAACCAAUGUCGCUUUACGGACCACAAUUGAGGAAUGGAAGGAAAGAAAUGAGGCUGCAAAGAUCAAGGUCUGUCGAGCUGCUUUGUCUUUAGCUAGUACAGCAAGCAUGGCAAUAGAAGCAGUCAUAAAUUUGCAGCAAAUCUGCACAAGGAACCCAUUCAACAAGAUGCAAGUUUGCAAUGCAGGCAUACUGCCAUUGCUUGACAACUUCCUGAGUCAUAAAGACAGAGAUGUCAGAAUUGCAGUUCUGGAAUUUCUCGUCGAUUUGGCGGAAGAGGACGAUGGAAAGGAAAUGAUUGCAAAAGCAGUGGACUUGUCAGCAGUUGUGAGACUCCUGUCAAGUGGCCACCAGGUUAUAAAGCACCAAUCUUUGUUAUUAUUGCUUGAGCUGGCGAGAUUGGAGACAAUGUCUGAGAGAAUUGGAUCCAUUACCGGGUCGAUUCUGAUGCUCAUCAAACUCAAGUACAGCCAUUCCCUAGAUUCAUUUGCAUCAGAAAAGGCAGAUGAAAUCUUGAGGUCCCUCGGUAGGUUGCCUGAGAACGUAAAGCAAAUGGCAGAAAAUGGGUUUCUGGAGCCCCUCAUAAAUCAACUCUCUGAAGGCCCUGAGGAAGUACAGAUUGAAAUGGCAAGCUACCUUGGAGAAAUCUCUCUCGGACAUGAAAGCCAAAAGACCUAUGUUGCUGACAGGGCUUCUCCAGUUCUCAUCAGGAUGGUGCACAAUGGGAAUGCACUGACCAGAAGAGCAGCAUUCAAAGCUCUGGCUCAAAUCUCUUCAUACCAUCCCAAUGCAAACACACUCACUGAAGCAGGAAUCCUCCACAUUAUGGUCGAAGAGAUGUUCACCCGGAGAAUCUACAACGAACCCAUGGAUUCGAAGAAUGAAGCUGCUGCAAUACUUGCAAAUAUACUCGAGGCAGGGGUUGAGCUUCAGAACCUCAAAGUAAACAGCUACGGCCACAAGCUAACUUCAGACUACGUGGUCUACAACAUCAUCCACAUGCUCAACAACUCGACUCCUGAGGAACUCAACAUCAACCUGAUCAGGAUCAUUCUUUGCCUUGCUGACUCGCCGAAUUCAAUGGCUACAAUAGUCUCAGUGGUUAAAAAACAAUCCGAAGUGAGCUACAAUCUCAUCGAACUGAUCAACAAUCCUCACGAGGAACUAGGUGUUUCGGCCAUCAAGCUACUGAUUAAACUGUCUCCUUACAUGGGGCACACAGUGAUAGAGAGACUAUGCAAGACAAGAGGUUUGCCAGAGAACUUAAUCCUCGACGAAACUGCUGGAACGACAACUAGAACCACAGAGAGGCAGGCGCUUUCAGCCCUAUUUCUAGCUAAACUCCCUCAUAAGAACUUGACACUCAACUUGGCACUUGUCGGCCUAGUCCCAAGAAUCCUGGACUCGAUCAAUCAAAUCCAAAGCUCGGGGACAAGAUCGAGCAGGCAUUCAAGUGCUUACCUGGAAGGUCUAGUAGGUGUCCUUGUGAGGUUCACAGCUACACUGUAUGAGCCACAGAUGCUGUUUCUGGCCAGAACCCACAACUUCACAUCGGUAUUCACUCAACUCCUGCUGACCAAAACAUCCAACGAUGAAGUUCAGAGGCUAUCCGCAUUUGGGUUGGAGAAUUUGUCAGCAGAAUCAGUAAACCUGUCGAAACCACCAAAGACCAAGAAACCAACUUCAUUGGGCAAAAGCUUCAGCAUGCGAAAGUUUCUUUCCUUUGGGUCCUCCAAGAAGAGACGAGCCCCUCUCUGUCCUGUCCACAGAGGAGUGUGCUCCUCACAGGACACGUUCUGCUUGGUCGAUGCGAAUGCGGUGGAGAGGCUGCUGACAUGCCUGGACCAUGAGAACGCGAAGGUGGUUGAUGCUGCGUUAUCAGCCAUAUGCACUCUGUUAGAUGACAGAGUGGACCUUGAGAGCAGCAUCGCGAUGCUGAUCGGAAAGAAUGCUGUGAAGCAAAUCCUGCACGUGGUGACGGAGCACGGGAGUGAAGCUCUACGGCACAAGUGCUUCUGGUUUCUUGAGAGGUUCCUGGAAAGCGGUGCAGACAGCUCUGUUGGGGAUAUAUCCAUGGACAGGUCAUUGCCUGCAAUUGUGAUUAGCGCUUUUCAUCACGGAGAUGGCAACACUCGCCAGAUGGCUGAGAAGAUUUUAGGCCACCUGAAUAGGGUGCCUAAUUACGGAACUACCCACUUUACCAUGUAG